AUGACUGCUCCGAUAAGAGGAGCUACUGGUAUUGAGCCCGAGUCUACCAGAGUUGUAUUAGAUGAGAAUUUUGGUAGACAAUUUCUUCAGAUGAUUCAGGGAGCUGUCAGAACUGCUGGCAUUAUACCCGAGGUUCCUAUCUCUCAGACCCUUAUUGCAAAUGGAGUCAGAACGUAUAGUGGCCUUACUGGUGGAGAUCCGACUGAGGCUGAGGAUUGGCUUAGUGAUAUUGAGCGACGUAUAGAUCAUUUAGGUUUAGAUCUGCAUCGACGUUAUUUAGGAGCAAUUUCUAUGUUGGAUGGGAAUGCUCACAUCUGGUGGGAGUCAGUGGUUAUUAGUGUUCAGACCGAUCGUUUGACUUGGGAUUUCUUUAGAGAGUGCUUUAGGAGCCAUUUCUUGGGAGAGCGUUAUUUAACUCAGAGACGACAGCAGUUUCAGGACCUGAUUCAGGGAGAUAUGAUCGUUUCUGAGUAUGAGAUUGAGUUUUUGAAAUUAUUGAAGUAUGGAUUUAGGUUAGUACCAACCGAGAGAGAUAGAUUUGGGAGAGCAAAUGACACGGAGGAAGUCAAGGCUUAUGUACCUGACAAUGAUAGAGUAUGUCUAGAACGAUCUAGGAAGCCUUCCGAUCAGUUUGCACCUUUUUCAAGCCCUGAUAAAAGAUCUCUUAUUGUUCCUCAUCAGAUGAGUCGGUCUGAUUCGAGGCCUGCAUCUCCUCCACAUACUAUAGCUAGUCGAGAGGAUUCUUCAUAUUCCACUCCAAAAUUGAGUUGUAAGUUCUGUGGAAAUCAACACGGAGGAGAGUGUCAUAAGAAGAUGGGUACCUGUUUUUGUUGUGGAUCUAGCAAGCACUUCUUGAGAAAUUGUCCAUAUCCUGCUCCUGUUGAUCAGACACCUGUUCAGACUCCUAUACAUUCUCAAACCUCUGUUCAGACUCCAUAUAUGAGUCAUAGUCAGGGUAGGACUUUCGGAUCUAUUUCUAGGGUUGACAAUAGAGCUCUAUCAUAG